AUGAAUAGAUACAGUCAUGUAGACUUUAUAUAAUUACUUGUAUUUUUAAAUUUCUAAAAGCAACGACCACACCACCUCUACUGAUUAGUUCGUUCUUAAAUAAAGAGAGUGAUUGAUUGAUUGAUUGAUUGAUUACCAAUUUACAACGGAGCUAGAGCUAUAUCACUGGAGUUUAUCGUCAGAUUUUCAAACUGGCUGAUGAGUUUAAAUUUCGGGCUAAUUUGCAGUAUACUAGCCACCAGUUACCGACUUGCUUUUCACUGUUUUAAAGACUGCCUUAUAAUUACGUCAUUCUUCACCCAUUUGAAGGAAGGCAUUUUCAUCGCUCGGCUUUUCAAUAAAGUUCGUUAUUGAUUACUUAGAACGAUCUGGUGGACGAAGAAGAUGAUUUAGAUGAGGAUGAUGAUUUAGAUGAGGAUGAUGAUGAAGACGAAAUAGACUUAGAAGAUGAAGACGAUGCAGAUGGUGAUAUCGAUGGUGAUGAAGAUGAUGAUGUAGAUGAGCGUGAUGACAGUGAUGAUAUCGAUAAUGAUAAAGAUAAUGAUGGUAUCGAUAAGGAUAAUGAUGAUGAUGACGAUGAUGAUGACGAUGAUGAUGAUGAUGAUGAUGAUGAUGAUGAUGAUGACGAUGAUGAUGAUGAUGAUGAUGAUGAUGAUGAUGAUGAUGAUGAUGAUGAUGAUGAUAAAGAGGAUGGUAUUUAUCGCCAUCAUCAUGGUAGGAAACAUCAUCAUAGGGGAAGACAUCAUCACAGAAGAGGACUAUGUGUAAUGGUAAGAUUUACAUUUUAUUUUCCAGCGGCAAGCCAGCACCAACAAAUUGGGCGCUGCAGGAUAAUCAUGUAAUUCCUUGGCACGAAACAUCCCCCAAGGAAAUUUAGUAAAUUUGCGAAUUUUGUUGUCUCCAGAACUCUAUAGUUCGUGCAUUUAUAAGUGACAAGUGGUAAUUCACUAUUUGCUUCCUAGUCCCUUGGAAUAUUUCCUUCGUAUUCGAAAAAUUGGUGAAUAUUGAGGUAUAAUUAUGGCUUAAAUUUUAAGUACUGGAGAACGCACAUCUUUUAUAAGCGGCUAUGAUUAGGUAAGGGAUAAUUUCUGCCGAAUGUAAUGAAUAAAAGUUUUUGUGGCUUCGGAAAAUUUCAAAAUCAUGAAUCAAAGUUGAUAUGAUGCUCAUGUCUCCGAAGGGAUUUUUAAUGAGGACUUGCAUGUCGUCACAUUAAUACACAUAACUAUCAGGGCCGUCGUUAUGGGGGAGGGGGGGGGGUGGUUAUGACAACCCCCUGAAAACAGCUAUCGGCAAAAUAACGGGUUUAUCGGCAAAUUGUUUUCCUAGGCAGCGAAAGUAUUCGAGUGGCUCGGAUUAAAAAGUAACAGUUAUAGCAAAAAUUUAGAUAAACUUACUUGGACUUGCAUGUCAUCACAUAAAUACACAUAACUACCAGGGCCGUCGCUAUAGGGGGGGGGGGGACAACCCUGUGUGUGAAAACAGUUAUCAGUAACAUAACGAAUAUAUCGGCAAAUUGUUUUCAUAGGCAGCGAAAAUAUUCAAAUGGCUCGGGUAAAAAGUAACAGUUAUAGCAAAAAUUUGGGAAAAUUUACGAAUAUUAUUGAAAAAUUUAAAAAUUACGUACGGUACAUUAAUGCGAAAAUUACUGAAAAAUGGUGUUGCCGGAAAUAUAUUCCCCCCACCCCGAUCUCCAUAAAUUUUGGGAAAAGAAAUAUUAAUUAGCGACUGAAACGUUGUCGGUAAAUGCGAUACUACACCAUCCUACUUUAGCCUCUUCGCUACGGCCAUGUUAACUAUAGGUUUGGUUUUUGGCUUUACCUGGUUGAACGAGGUGUUUCGAAGUUAUCAAUAUUUAAAUUUGUAUUUUUUGCUUUUGUUUGUAAUCUAGCGUUGCAUGAAGGUUGCAAUGGAAUGCCGCAAGAAAGGUGGUACCAGGAGGCAAUGUUACAGAGAAACUGGAAUGUGUAUGAAAAAUUGCAGUGGCGGAAGGGUUUGUAUAAUAUAGAACUUGGUUAGAUUAUAUUUCAGAGCCAUCAUGCAUCGGAGAACUAUAUAAUUAACAAUUAUACCAUGAAGCUAUCAGCCAUAUAUGACGAGAGGGAAUGGUAUAAUUGUUUUAUAAUAUAGUCUAAUAGUCAUUAACUGAAGCAAUAAUUUAUUAUCCUCUGUUACAAUGUCUUGAUAAUUUGUUCGGCCAAAAACCGCUUGGCCAUGAAAAUUUGAAAUACUUUUGUUUUACAACUCGAAGACGAAGAGAAAGAAAUGGUUUUAGAAACGGUAUAUCUCACAGAAAAGCUCAGAUAUAUUUGUACAGAUGUUUGGUAGUAUAGUAAGUGCUUGUUGACUGCAAAUUCAUUUGUCUUUCGUUGCAAACUUUUCUAAACAAUUUAUAUUCUCAAUGAACAUGUUUUUUCGCUGUUGUUUCAGUAUUAAUUCUUUAAAAAACUUGCAUUUAAACUAAUUUCUAUGUAAUAAAUGUAUUUUGCUAACCUGUCAAAUUUUUUUGAGAGUUUUUCCUUGUACUAUUAUCUUUUCCAAAGCGAAUAUUUUCCUUUUUCCUGCUUCGCAAAACUCAUGUAAUUUUCGGACCGCCAUCUUGUUUUUCGCUACUCGCCGUAUAUGAGCUGAUAUACGGCGAGUAAUUCAACCAAUCAGAUUGCAGAACAGCUCAUAUACGGUGAAUGACUAUAUUAUAAUAUAUAAUAUAUAAUAUAUACACGAGAAAACCCAACAUUGCUCUGCCAAAAUAAAGUUGACCCGAGCUGGAUUUGAACUCACACAUUUAGCUUCCAGAUGAUCUUGAUACGCGGAAAAUUACUGGCACUAGUUGUCAAAUAGAAAUCCAUUCUGUGAUUAAAACAACUGAAUAUCUCCUGUAAUAUACUUUAUUUCGAUUCCAUAUUUUUGUCAGAGCUAUAGUUCUUAUAACCAAACAUAAUUACAAAAUUUCAACUAGUUUCAUAAAGAAUAACGAAAGAUAUAAUUGACUGAAUACAUCAAAAUGGAUUUCUAUUCGGACAACCCUUUCUGAGCGCUGAUUGGUUAAAAUACGAACACGAGAUCACCUGGUUUGGAACUGAAUUAUGCAAAUAUUCUGAAUACGCUGGAUGUUCAGUCCAAUGUAAGCUGAACAUAUGAUUUUAAAUCCUCUUCGAGUCAACUUUUUCUUGACAAUACAGUUUUGGGUUUCUAUCAUGUAUUAUUAUAUAGUACUUAGUACAUUCUUUCACUCGAUGGAAAGCUACGAAGCUUUCCGGUCAAUUUAGAUUUCUCCAUUGCUUUGGCACUUUGCAUUCAAUUUAUUCGCUAUGUUAUUUAUGGCCUCCCACUUUUUUCAUUUCUCUACGUCUUGUUAUAAAGAAAAUGUAACUCAAACAAAUGAACAUGUUCUGUCCUUCAGGGUCCUCAUCCAUUCCCACCUGGCCCCAAGUUCGUGAAAUGUGGGGUAAGUAUUAACCACAUAUAUUCACUGAGAACGAGGGAAUUUGGAAUAAGGGUAUAUAGCUAUCAAGUGUCAAAGUCUCAAUACUUCACCUGGUACUCCGGAAACUGUAAUAGAACCGACCGGCAGACAUGUGCUGAAACUCUUGAAAAAUCUUUGAAUUUGCCAAUUGGCGCGAACAGCUCGUACCACCCUUCCGGUUUUAUUUAUUCACCGUUCAAUAAUUGUUUCAUUGUUGACCGGUUGCUCCCUCGCCAAAGCGUGCAGUGAACAUGAUGUUUUGUGAAUCGGCACGUGAUAUUACGGUUUUGUCCAAUUGGCAAACAGGAAAAUUGGACUUUCACACUUGCUAUAUUAUAGUUAGUAUUUGUUGAUCAACUCAGAUAGUAAAUUAGUUUUAUUAUAUAAAACAAUCUUUAUUUAUUUCAAACCGCUACUGGAACGAAAUCUCCAUAAAUCUCCUGAUAUAUACAAUGUCCAAAGAAUAAACAUUAAAAUAAAAUCCAAAAUUUUCUGCCACCAAUGAAGAGCAAGAAGUAUUUUCGAUAAUUAUCUUUUCACAGCUGAAAAAUCAUCCACACACGAGAUUUUUUAAAUCUGUUUUCUGUCCACUGAUUAUUAAGUACUGUUUAAUAAACGAGCAGGAGUGUUUUAUUAGGUUUAAAGCCACGAGCGCGCAGCGCGAGUGGCAUUAGACCUAAUAAAACACUACCUGCGAGUUUGAAAAGUUUAUAUCCAUUUGGUUUGCAAGAUGAGUCAUAUUUUCAACAUCAGAUUAAUGUAUUGAUGAUGGGGGGGGGGGGGUGAGAUAGGAGAAGGAGGGGUCAGCUACCGUCCCUUUCCCACUUUUCUUCAGGACUAAUUUUGUAAUUUUAUCAAUACUGAGGGGACACAGAUUACCAAAAAAUUUAUAUAAUUUGAGAUAUAAAUAAGAAAUCCAAUUGGGUAUUUGAAAUUAAAAAACUCAUUAAUAAUUCAUGAGGAAAAUACAAAAGAAUGAAUGUUUAAUCAAUGUUUGUAAAUCGGAUAAAGAUUUGUCCUGAUUUACAUAAACUUCAGAUUUGAUUUUCUCGGUUUAGACAAUAUUUAUUUUUAAAAUUACUUCACCAAUGAACUCAUGAGAUGGAUCGUUUUUAAUUUUGGCUCAAGUUUGUAUAUCAGAUAAAGAUCGGCUGCUCAUGUAAUGUUUUAUCUAGUAUCUAAUUGCAUGUGCAUAAACGUGCACGUACAUCAAACCGUUUGAAAUAUUAUGAAUAUCUUAUUUCCGCCUAACUUUUAGUAAUGUUACAACAUGUGUGUUAAUCAUAAUGUUCAUUUCAAUAGAUAAUCUGCACAGAGAAACUGCUUGAUUGUUUGGAGAGUAGGAACACUAGCGGCUUUGCGUGCAGUGACCAGAUGGCAGUUUGUACCAAGAAAUGCCAGGUCUGACUUUAGUUAAUUCUUCUUUGAUAAUAGCCUAAGCUUUAUUUUUAUGAAGAUAUACCUGCGUUGUCCCGCGAUAUGUAUAAUAUUAUGAUAUAGAAAUUUACGUCUCACAAACCACAAAAAAGCAGCAACCAAUCAAAUCAUUUUUAUUCAGUACUUGGGAUAUUAGAUCAAGUGAACAAUUAUACAAUCUUUUUUCAGAAACAAAUCGACCCAAGGACGACAAAUCGUACA